ACAACUGCGUUUUUUUAGUGCGUAGGUAAAGUAGACGUGGCAUUGACGUCAUUUCCGGAAGUGACUAGCAUCGGAACUUUAACUCCGGGAUUGAGUAGUUCUUGACAGAAAAACAGAGAAGGCACACCAAAAAUGAUUUAAUGCGUACCCAAAGAUGCGUGGGUCUUUGUUCAUGAAGGAUUCUCCACCUUGGAUGUGAGCUCGUUCCCAGGAUCCUUCUGUUUGUUUACCGCGCAGGUUCAGGAGGAGGAUCUGGGCGUUUCAGGUAGUCUCUGGUCUAAAGCGGGUUUGUAAUCCUCCGACGCCGAGAUGACGUGCCGUGAUCGGACUCUGGAGUUCCAGUCCGCCUGUAAAUCUCUGCAGGGAAGACAAAAUGGAGCCCAGCCGAGUAAACCAGCUCUUCUCGCUCUCAGGCAGCGCAGCGACUUCACAGUCAUGGCAAAGAGAAUUGGGAAAGACUUGAGCAACACAUUUGCCAAACUGGAGAAGCUCACUAUUUUGGCAAAAAGGAAAUCCCUAUUUGAUGACAAAGCAGUGGAGAUUGAGGAGCUGACGUACAUCAUUAAACAAGACAUAAACAGUCUAAACAAACAGAUAGCACAGCUACAGGACUUGGUGAGAUCGCGUGGAGCUCCGGGUGGCCGACACAUCCAGUCUCAUUCUAACACUAUAGUGGUGUCACUACAGUCCAAACUGGCUUCCAUGUCAAAUGAUUUCAAGUCGGUUCUUGAGGUCAGAACAGAGAACCUGAAGCAGCAGCGCAGCAGGAGAGAACAGUUCUCCCAGCCUCCCGUCUCGUCUUCUCCCAUGAUGGCAAACAACUUCAGGAGCCGCAAAAAAGGGGCCCAGGAGCCGCACGCAGAUCGUGAACCGCGCUAUGACUACCAGGGCUAUACAACCACAAAUUUAAAAGAGAGUUCGGUCCUGAUGCAGGAUGAGUCGCGCAGUUUGGGAGACGUGGCCAUAAAUAUGGAGUCUCAGAGCAACCCUCUGCAGCUCCAGCUCAUUGAUGAACAGGAUUCGUACAUCCAGAGCCGUGCAGACACCAUGCAGAACAUUGAGAGCACCAUUGUGGAGCUGGGUUCUAUAUUCCAGCAGCUGGCACACAUGGUCAAGGAGCAAGAGGAGACCAUCCAGAGAAUCGAUGCCAACGUCGAGGACACCCAACUGAACGUGGAGGCUGCACACACGGAAAUCCUCAAAUAUUUCCAGUCGGUCUCUUCUAAUCGGUGGCUGAUGAUCAAAAUCUUCCUUGUUCUCGUCGUCUUCUUCAUCAUCUUUGUGGUGUUCUUCGCCUGAAGAAGAGGAGCGGCUGUGGUUGAGGAAAAUGUGAACUGGAAACUGGACUUGGAUCGUUUGUCUGCACAACAUAUUUUGAAGAGCAGAUGCUCUAAUGGAUGCAUGGGAUCCUUUCAAAGUGAUAAAAGACUUGUGGAUUAUUCCAAAGCUUCAGACUGAUUCUAUCUUAAAAUAGAGGUUGAACUCUGUCCAAAUGAAUCAUGGAAAUGAUCUAAAAUACUCACUUUGUAGAAGGAGGGAGCAGAAAACUGCCCUGUGCUGUACUUUGACCAACUCCUCCUAAACGUUUAUUCAAAGUGGCUAUAAUUUAAUAGUUUGAUUGUCCAAACUGUCCAACGUUUUUUGUUAACCCCUUUUCCUUUUUUUUUUCUUCUAAAGAGCAUCCCGAUCUCGUCAGUAAUUCUUAACAUCGUCCAAUUAUGUGUUUUUUGUAACCCUCAAACAUUCUGGUUUGCAUUUAAGCUUAUUUGCCAAAUGGGAUGCUCUUAUUAAACUGUGACCGGAUGCAGAUUUACCAACGGAAGUUUGCAUUGUGAGUUUUGAGGUGCUUGAAGUUCUGUAAGAAUGCUGUUUGCUAAAACGGACAGCUUUAAUGGUUUAACGCUUCACUCAUACAGAGCCACUGAUAGAAACGGUGCUGAUGAAGGAGUUUCCGUGGCUGAAACGAUCCACAACCGAAGCGCGUUGAUCAGCCGGAUUCCCUGGAAGUGCUCGGCUGUCGGUAGUUUUCUCCUCCUGUACAUGACCACAGAUUUUUAAGACGAGAGAAGACAUUCUUGGUAUUUUUCUCUUUUUUUCUUCCCUUUUUGUUUUUUUUUUAGCCAAAUGCCUUCAGUGUACAAAGUGCAAAUAGUUCAGAUGUAUUGAUGAGAGAGAGUGCACAAUAAUAAAAUAAUAAUCGGAUGCUGGCA